AUGGAAUUCAAUGUAACACCGACAACUGAUGAUUACUACUACUACUCGUUGACUGAUGAACCAGUACUGCUCGAGGAUGUGAUUGGGAACUUCCAUGGGAUUUUCUCUGCUGUCUGCUACAGCCUGAUCUUCUGUGUCAGCCUGGCUGGGAACAGCUUCCUCCUCUGGACCAUCCUGCGGCAGGAGGACCUGAGGCAGACGUCCAGCCUUCUGCUCCUGCACCUCACUGUGUCUGACCUCAUCUUCACCAUGCCGCUUCCAAUCUGGGCGGUGUAUCCCAUCCAUGGCUGGGUGAUGGGCGAGGUGGCAUGCAGGCUCCUGAGUGGCAUACUUUUCCUGGGCUACUACAGCUACAUGGCCUUCCUCACAGCCAUGACUGUGCACCGGUACAGGGCGGUUGUGCACGCCGUCACAGCGUCCUCCUUCAAGCCAAAUGUUCACCUUCUGAGUGGUGUGCUGUGGGUCUUCUGUUUGACCUUUAGUAUACCAGAGAUGGUGUUCUCAGAGACAGUGAAUGUAUAUGACUCUGUGCACUGCAUCCAGACCUACAUGCCAGAGUAUGUCAUGCAUGACAUUCAGAUUCCAAUUUUCUUCUUGUUGCCAUUUGCUGUCAUCACGUUUUGCUACUCGCGGAUGUGGUUUCGCAUUCGGCAAUGCAGGAUGAAGAAGAAGAACCAGGCAGUAAGGCUAAUCUUCUUCAUUGUGGUCGGUUUCUUUGUCUGUUGGGCACCAUUCAACAUCUUCCUCUUCCUCCAGUCGCUGAGCCUCCACGGCCUGAUUCCUGCCGAACUCAUAAACUCGGACGCCUCCGAUUACGCCUACACCGUGUCCCACACCCUGGCUUACUCCCACUGUUGCCUCAGCCCCAUCAUCCACAUCUUUGGUGCGGGAAAGUUCAGAGGACGCCUCUCUGGUAGCUUUCGGUGGCUGUCCAUUAGAGACAGGGCCCAGACUCUCAGCACACACACCCAUGAAACAGCACUCUCAACCUCUGGACCAACCUACAUUCGAUCAUCCCGCUCCAAUGGUCUACUCGUCUCACCCCAAAACUCUUACGCUCCGAUGGUGGAGUAAAUGCGGCAAACCUCCAUCCUCUAACAUUCCAAAAGAACUCUUCCUCGUCAUUGUCAGCGACACAGCAAGUCAGCGUUGCACUAUUAAAUGUUAGAUUGAUAACUAACAAGUGCUUAAUUUUAAAUGACAUUAUUGCGUCCCAUCACCUGGAGUUUUUAUUUGUGACUGAGACGUGACCUUUUGUAACUUGUUGAUAUCUGCCCUCACCAUUUCUACUCUGUAAGCUCCCCAAGGUCUUUUGUUCAUGGAGGUGGCCUCGCCACCAUCUUCAAUGACUCUCAAACUUUCACCUCAAUGACUCUUGACUUUCAAAUGUCGAUGUAUACAGUACCCACAAAUGUCUACUCCUCUUUUGAGGUGCAGCUUCUGUUGAUUAAUCUGUCUACUCCUGUCCUACAUGUAUGUGCUCUGGUGAACAGAUCUCCCAAAACAAGUUAUAUUUUUAUUCAGGAAUUUUCUGAUCUUUUGUCUGUCAUGGCCUCUCACUCUUAUAAGUUAUUGUUUUUAGGGGGUUUUAAUGUUCACAUACUGUAGUUCACACUGUCCAUCUAAGCCUAUGGUUACUGAGUUUUUAAGUAUUGUGGAGUCUUUUAAUUUAACUCACAUCCACCCCUUCCCUGUCUCAUUCUA